CCUAAAAAAAAACUAUCCCCUCCCCACUCACUUCCUCUCCUCUCAUCUCUUUGCCAGCCGCCACUGCUAACCCUAGACCCAAAAAUUCCUCUUUUUCCCCUCCGAUUCCAUCGUCGAUCGACCCGGCCGGUCGCACGCCAUGACCGCCGUCGUCAGUCCGCCUAUCCUCCCCGUCGCCGAGGGCGCCCCGAGCUGGGUCCUCCUCGACACCGCGGGAUACAUCGCUAAACGCGGCAACGCCACCUUCGCCAAGACCUUGGGGAGCAACGGCCAGCCCGUCGAGGUGACCUUCUGCACCGCCGCUCCGCCCCACGUCUCCCACUUCUGCGUCCACUGCCCCGGCCUGGUGCCCGCCGACUUCGUGGAGGAUCCCACGCUGAUCGGCGCGGAGGCCGACCUCGUCCUCUUCCGCCUCUGCGUCGACCCCCUGGCCGUCGCCGGCGAGCGCCUCUUCGACUACUUCCUCUACACGGCGCACCCUCGCCGCCCCUCGCUCCAGCUUCUCCCGCACCCCUACCCCAAUCUCUUCCACGACAGCGAGGUCGCCCUCCUGCGCUGCGGUGAGGAUGAUGAGUACGCCAUCGCCGCUCUCAGGAACAUCGAUGAUUACUUCACCGACGAGCCGCAGAUGUCCUUCAACCUUUACCUCUACCGCUCGUCCAGGGCCGGCGAGGGGUGGACUGCUAGGGUGGUGUCGGUGGAGGAGCCACUGAGGGACACCGUCUGCCCGGUGGAGGAGCCCAAGCGGUUUCAUGAGACGACCAAGGCGAUCACGCUCGGAGGCGGCGCCGUUGGCUGGGUUGAUCUCUGGCGUGGCAUCCUCGUCUGCAACGUGUUCGAUGAAAAGCCUGUGCUCCGGGACGUGCCGCUGCUGCUGCCGGCAAGGGGUAACUGGGAAAUCUACCACAGAUGUGGCCCUUACUUUGCUCGGGACAUCACCGUCAGCCCGCAGAAAGACGUCAUCAAGUAUGUCGAGGUUGAAAUUUGCCUGCCAAGGAAGCCGACUACUACAAAGACGACUGAAACCUGCCACCCCCCGGAGCCGGAGUCCUACCUGGAAUGGUUCCGCCAACAGCAGUGCGAAGACGACGACGACGACGACGACGAUGAAGACGUUGGUGGCUGGAAGGCCACAACAUGGAGCUUGCCUGUCCCUAUUGCUUCACGGGAGAACUGGCACUUUGACUACACCGUCGAUGUCGAUGACCUCACUGUCGUCGACCCAAUGCAUUGUAAGCUUCUUCCGAGGCCCCUGCAGCCCACAGAGGCAGAAGCAUUGCUGCCAAGACUUAUCACUGCUUUCCCCAUCAUGAGUAUGGACGAUGAUGUUGUCUACCUUUUGUCCAAGGCCAGCCCCAAAGACCAGAUGGAAGUAGUUAUUGCUGUUGACAUGAGGAGGAAGUUUCUGCAGGGAGUGGCCAAGCUUGUUACGGGGAAAGAUUUCACUUUCAUGCGCAGUUGCAUCAGCGAGAUCUCGAAAUAUAUUAAUUAUAAAUCUUCAGGGGAUGUUGCCAAAGCAUCGGCCAGUUUAUCUGCUGCCAGCAGAAGGGCUGCGGAUAAGGAAACAGAAGAGGUACGGCUGUUGGCAAAAGAAAUACCUUCUCUUCUCUUGGAGCUAGAGCUUCUCGGAUUAGAACAUCAGACCAAGAGGUCGACGCGAGUUGAUAUGUGCAGUGCGGAGAUCUUGUGCCAGUGGCAACAAAACAUUUGCUCACUCAUCUUCAGAAGACUUGAAGCUCGACGCCGAACCGCUUUGACUUGCAAACAGGCAGGAAGGUUAGAGAUUCUAUGUUUUGGAGAGACAGCGGUUCAGGGACGAAGCUUGUCUGCUUGCUCAUGUUUCUCGUGCCUCAUUUCAACCAUGAUCACUCGAUGCAGUUUGUUAUCAAUGCCCCAUAUAGUUUCACAAAGAAAAGAGGCUCUCCACAGUAAAUCAUGAAAUGCACCGCGAUGCUGCCAGCGCUUGCUCAAGGAUGAAGGAUCAUGGCGCAGGGCAAAUGAGACGCAUGCAACCGGUACCUGUCUAGGCUGAUCAUGCUCCCCUUGUUCCUGCAAAUCUUGGAAGCAUGACCUUUAUGCACUUUUAGAAGAGUUAUUUCCCUCAAGCAGUGAGUUUCUUCCAGCAAAGGAUGGCCGCCUUCUUGGAUAACUGCAACUGUUUAUACAAGAUCCUUAACCUGAGCAUGCAGGAUAUCUGAAUUGCCCUUGACAGAAUAUGGCUUUCAUGAGGAUGACACGAUUUGACUUUCAAGAGACGCACCGGCGGCAGUUCCACACCAACUUCUUGCACCAGGGCAGCGGCUCCGAUGGUAUGCUGAAUCCUGCAGUAUGAGUGUAUGACUCGCACUGGUGUGUGGAGUGACAGUCGCCAUGUUCGCGCUGAGACAUGGGUGGCCAUCGGACAGCUGUGCUAGUGGUCUAAGGUGCCUUUUUGGCCUGGCGCGAGGCACUUGUAGUUGCAAAGUAUCAAUCGAUCUAUGAUCAAGAUGCCCAUUAAAACACCGCUUCAUCCGGGGUGAAAACUCUUGUCCUGGUCCUAAUUUAUUAGUCGCGCUCGACCAUGACGAACUUGCGUCGUUAUCUUGUUGAAGACAUUGUCUUUGUUGUGGUGCCGGUCUUCAUUCGCUGGUCUCGGCAAUGGAUGACGUGUGGACGAUUAUCCAUUCUUGAAGGUGUUUUUGUGAAAGAAGUCGACCUACUCGUAGGUAUUUUUCUUACAGCUUGUAA